AUGUCUAGUGGUAAACCGUCAGAAGGUAAAAGGGAUGAUCCUUCAUCAAAAUUUGAUUCAGGGCUUGAAGUUGAACUGAAUAAAACAGGUAAACUUGGAAUUGCAAAGGAUGACGAGGAUUACAAUGAUACUGAUGAGUCUAUGGAAAUUUUGAAACAAUUUGAAGACGACUAUGGUUCCGAUAACAACGAUGAAGAUAAGGAAAACAAAAAACCUGAAGAUAAGGGAAAAGCAGUAGAGGAGGAACAUAGAGGUAAGCCAUCAGCUUGUGUAUUUGUAGCUAGCUUAUGUGCCACCAAAAAUGAUGAUGAGCUAUGGUACAGUGUCACCAAUCACUUUGCAGUGUUUGGUAGAAUUUCAGCAGUGAAAGUCUUGAGAGACACCGCCAACAGACCUUAUGCUUUUGUACAAUAUUACAACGAACAUGAUAGUAAUAAUGCCAUUAGAUUAGGUAAUAAGUCGAUUUUGGAUGGAAGACGCUUAAGAUGUGAAGCUGCCAAGGUUAAUAGAACUUUAUUCAUUGAUUUCUAUCGUACUUUAUCGAUGGAAGAAGUUAGGAAAACUUUAGCGGAGUUCGGAGAGAUUGAAGAUUUUUCUAGCUCCAACAAUUUUGGUGUUAUUAGGUUCGACGGAAAUGUCAAAUCAAGGUUUUGGUUUGUAAAGUUUGUUUAUAGGGAUGAUGCAAUUAGAGCUUUUGCCCAUUUAACUAACGAUUCAAAUUUUGAAGUGAAAUGGGCUCAAAACAUUGAUCAUAGUAAAACUUCUUUUAAGUCAACUUAUACACCUGUCAGAAGAUACUCUAAUAAUGAUGUUCAGCAUGAAUUUGAUAAUUACUCAAUAUUCAUUGGCCAAUUGAGUCCAGAAACCACUAAAGAAGAUUUACAAGAGCGGUUCAGUAAGCAUGGAAAAAUUGAAAACAUCAAUUUAAUCCAUAAAGAAAAUAAUGUUUUUGCGUUUAUCAAAUUUGAAGAAGAAACCGGAGCAGCAAGAUCAGUGGAAUCAGAAAACCACUCGAUGUUUUUGAAGAAAACCAUUCAUGUUCAAUACAAAGAAUAUCAUGGAAACAAGAAGAUUUUGAAUGAGAGUAAAGGUAUUCAAUUAGCUCCAUCCCCAAUAAACUCAGGGAACAGAUUCAGUAGAAAAAAGAGAUACGAUUAUUAUUUGAUUCCUGGAAAUAGCAUGGGUAAUCAACGUCAACAUCCUAGGUUUUCUCAUUAUGAUAACUCUAAUCAAGGACCCAGUCCAGGUUCUGGUAGAGGGAAUUCUGAAUACAAGAAAGGGUAUCCAUUUGGAAUAAAACCGCCGGAAAACAUACGUAGCUAUAGUCCCAAAUCAGCUAAUGGGGAAGUGGUUUGGGAAUUCCAACGUUAG